AUGGAGGCGUACGCGUCUUCCUGUGGUAAACUGCUAGUAGCGCCUGGCGUAGCCCAACAAAUCACCGCGUUUGCUCAAGACAACGCUCAACUGGAAAUUGGGGUCGAUGAGUUUUUGCAUAUGGUCAGUUCUCUUGAUCAGGACAUGGAUGAUUCUGUGGACACAACUGCCUCCUCUCUAUUUGAUAAAACAGAGACCUCCUUCGAUACCACAUGGGACUCUAUUGCACCAGGCAGCCCAGCCAAAACUGACACACUUGCUCAAGUAGCACGCAGCGACGUGCAGUCUGCCUCGCCCUCGCCACGGCGCAGGCGUUUGGCUGCAUCCCUAUCCUCGAUCAAGUCUGACUCGGAUAUCAAUACAGCUGCGGCUCGUUCCGCUGUCAUUCGCAAACUCGCUCGUGUGUCAGACGAAUUGGAACACUUGCAAGACGAUCACCAAUCCUUGCUUGCACAAAAGGGCAAAAUAGAAACGGACAAUACAUCGCUACGACGCCAAGUAUCGUCCCUUACCAAAGAGCUGAAGAGCAUGAAGGAGCAUGAGCACUUGCUUGAGAGCCAAGUGCUGGGUUUGGAACAGCAGCUGAAGCAGACUCAAGCAGAAUGCGAGGCCCAUAAAAUGGCUGCGAAGCAAUUAGAUGUACGUUUGCAGCAGCGUAUAGCCUCGCAUGCUGAGCUGGAGGCUAGUGAAGCACAACAAGAGAAGGAGCUGGAAGCGAUCCGUGCCCAGUGCGAGGCGUAUGUUGUCCAACUCCAAUCCAUGCAGUCCACGUGCCAAGCACACACAGACACCAUCAGUCAACUUGAGUCCACCAUCACUGCACUGGAGCAGGUUCAGACUGAUGCUGAACGCUGGCAAUCCGAAAUUGAGGCAUCACGUUUAAUGCACGUACGUCUCGAACAAGAGCUAAAUGAGCUCAAGCAGAUGACGGAGCAACAUGGCAUCCCAGCUUUGUCGUUUGAUUUAGCCCCCUGGGAUGACUGGGUCGAUCUUCUUGAUAAGGCUGACGUCGAGGACGACGUGGACGAAGCUUCUACAGAAGCCCAAGCAUCGGUCAGCACGUCGUCACAAGCAGGAUCGCCUUCCACGUCUCGCAGCGCAUCGCCUCAGACACAGCCAGAGCCUGCCACGCCGACACGGUCAUCGACACUGACACACUCCGAGGAGACGCCUAAGCCAGAGCCAGCUGUGGCUAAGUCUCUUCUUCUCACUGCGAACAGCGAAUCUCCAACGAAGGAGGCCGGAGAGAAAACCGAGCUGGGUGACCCUUCCUCGAGUGAGGGCAUAUGUACAGAUUUGGAGGAUGGCCACGUGCUGCAUACAGACACAACAACGUCUGAGUUGCUGCCAACCACGACUGACAACGAGGCUGUGCCGCCUCCCUUCUCGGCGACUGUCGCUUCGACUACGUGUCCUCCCCCUGCUGUUAAAAUGCCAGUUACUGCCGAUUGGCAGACGCUGCUCUCGUCCACGCUCAAGGAUGUCAAAGUCGCACCCAAUGCCCCAGGUCCUACUAAUUAUACUUGGCUUCGCAUUCUUGGCGUUCACAUCCUCCUUGUUCUUACUGGGAUGUGGCUCGGUAUGUGGGUCUAUCAUUGGUCCUUGUUUGGGUCUCCCUCGCAUGUGUAUACUAUCUUUAUGGACAGGCGAUGGAUCGAGACCAAUAUGCUGACAGACACUUCGAUGUUUGACAAGCCUUUGGAAGGUAGUCUUUCGUCGUUUUCUUCUGCAUAA